AUGGAUCAAACGAGCAAACUGGACCUUGCAGUUAUUGAUCACCAAAACUUGAGGUUGUUCCACAUCGCCGUCGCGCUGACAAAUAAAAGCCAGGAAUUCGCUUUGUACAUCACGGACCCGGAUCUGAGCAACUUUGCAGUUGAUGCGUCUGCCAAUCAAGUGAUCAUCGUGGAUGCCGAGCACAUCAUUCUCGUCGACAAGAAUCGUCCUAACAUGAAAUCCGACAGCUUUUCAAUCGCGGAACAUUCGGAAUGCGGCCCCAAUUGUUUGCAGUUUUCCGUCGACGACUUGUGCAGUCAUCGAAUGAGCGAUCACAACAUCUACGCCAUUUGCAGGGUACUGCAAACAACGGAUUUGCUUCGCGGUGGACCCGAAGACAGCGAAUUGCAGAAAAUCAUCAAGGAUUGUGUUUUCGGGAGGGAUUCGAGUCGUUUUCGGUUUGUUGGCGAAUUUCGUGGAUUUAUCGAUCGCAAUGCCUUGAUGAUUCAACUUUUUUUCACUGUACUUCUUGAAAAACUUAUCCAACCUUUCUGUACACAUGCGAACGUGACUGACAAUAAAGAAGUGGUGUUAGAAUGCGACGAAGGCACGUGUGGAAGAAAUGGGUACGUGAUACCUUGGGCGUCGUUCCGGAACCCAAAAUUCGGGACGUUGACGUUGUAUGUGUGGAUCAAGGGCUGGGUGCCAGGACCCCUCGGAGUCGGGUUGUGGAUUGCGGAGCAUGUGGCGGAAUCCCGUGGACGAGUAAAUUCGAGACUCUCAUCGCACGUGUGGAAGAAAUGGGUACGUGAUACCUUGGGCGUCGUUCCGGAACCCAAAAUUUGGGACGUUGACGUUGUUGUGUGGAUCAAGGGCUGGGUGCCAGGACCCCUCGGAAUCGGGUUGUGGAUUGCGGAGCAUGUGGCGGAAUCCCGUGGACGAGUAAAUUCGAGACUCUCAUCCUACAGAGGAACCUUGAAUGCGAUUGUAUUUUCAUAUCAUCGGCUAGUUGAUGUGAUUUGGGCGAUCGGAGUGACAGUGACAUCUAGCCACAAGUUGGGCAAAAAUUGUUUCCUUCUUUCUGCUGCAGCUACAGAGGAACCUUGA